AUGGGAAGCCUUCAACCAUGGGAACAAAUCGUCUCCCAAAAACGCUCUUCAAGGGACAAGCUCCUGGAACCCUACCUCGUUAACGAUGUCAAUCAGCGUGUUCCCCAGGUGCUCUCUGUUCAGGAGCGCUCUUGUGUCAAAGAGGAUCCAGCGGUUCAAGAGAUAACUGAUAUUGACAGCAUUCCCAGACUGUUCGAGCUCCUAAAGACCGGCCAAUACACAGCUGAACAGGCAACCUUGGCUUAUAUUAAGAGGGCUGUCAUAGCUCAUCAACUGACAAACUGCCUCACCGAGGUCGUCUUCGAGGAUGCGUUGAAGCAAGCCCGACAAUUAGAUCACGACUUUCGGCAAACUGGUCAAGUCAAGGGGCCACUGCACGGUAUUCCGGUCACGCUGAAGGAUCAGUUUGAUCUUAAGGGUGUCGACACUACACUUGGCUAUGUGGGCCGUUCUUUUGCGCCCGCUACGGAGGACGCAGUUCUCGUCCAGAUGCUGAAAGAUAUGGGUGCUAUCGUGCUAGCGAAAACAAACCUGCCCCAGAGCAUCAUGUGGGCGGAAACAGAAAACCCUCUCUGGGGGCUGACGGUCAACCCACGGAACCCUGGGUUCACACCGGGCGGUUCCACCGGAGGAGAGGCCGUCCUGCUGGCCCUGCACGGCUCCAUUCUAGGAUAUGGCACGGAUAUCGGUGGCAGUGUGCGGAUCCCGCAGAGUCUCAUGGGUCUCUAUAGCCUAAAGCCCACCAGCAGCAGACUUCCGUACCACGGCGUGCCUGUCUCAACCGAGGGACAAGAACAUGUCCCCUCUUCCGUCGGCCCCAUGGCAAGAGAUUUAUCGUCCCUCUGCUAUAUAAGCCGACUGGUCGCCAAUGCUCAGCCAUGGCAGUUGGAUCCCAAAUGCGCGCCCCUUCCCUGGAACGAGAACUCAUUCCAAGAGAUUCAGAACCGACCUCUGGUGAUCGGUCUAAUUCUAGACGAUGGCGUGGUGAAAGUCCAUCCUCCCAUCGAAAGGGCCCUUCGGGAGCUCUCUGCAAAGCUGGAAGCGCAGGGCCAUGAACUAGUCCCAUGGGACGUUUCCGAUCAUCUAGAUUGCAUCCAACUGAUGGACGCCUUUUACACCGUGGACGGUGGUGAAGACAUCCGUCGUGACGUGGAAGCCGCUGGCGAGUCUUAUAUUCCCCACGUGGAAGCAUUGGUGAAUCGCGGGAAGCCCAUUUCCGUUUACGAGUACUGGCAGCUGAACAGGAAGAAAGUCACUCUGCAGAAGAACUAUUUGGAUAAAUGGAAUGCAGCUCGCUCCCCAUCGGGAAGACCCAUUGAUGUACUCCUGGCCCCGACGAUGUCCCAUCCUGCCAUCCCACACCGAGGCCUGCGAUGGGUUGGAUAUACUAAGAUCUGGAACUUCCUUGAUUACACCGCUGUCACCUUUCCCGUGGACCAAGUGAGGGCCGAGGUGGAUGAACUGCCAGCAGACUACCAACCGAGGAACGAGCUAGACGCAUGGAAUUGGAGCCUCUACAAUGCAGAGACCAUGAAUGGCCAUCCGGUUAAUCUCCAGGUUAUUGGAAAGAAGUUGGAAGAGGAGAAGGUGCUAGGGGCCGCGACUGUCAUUGAAAAGAUCUGGAGGAGCUAG